GACACUGAAAAUUCCCUCGCUAAAAUCAUCUAAUUUCAAUUAUUCAUGACAACAUUUUCUGAUGGCUUAAUAUCUCGAAACCAACAAGACAAACUCAGGUGAUUAUAGAAAUUGAUCAUCUGCCUACAUAUUGAUGAACAUAUGUGAAUAAACAUGCCAACGUAAACGUAGAACACGCCCCAACUAGAUGAUGUGGUAUUUGAUUGACGGGAAAGUUUCCACGCGGGGUUUAAGACGAUCACAUCGCCCAUGCUCAAAACAUGUAGCUAUGACAGGCGGUAAAUGGUAUAAGAGCCAGAGGUUUCUUGUAUAGAACAGUUGUACAUUUGAUUGCCGCAGCAAGUAUGGAAUCGGUAUUACUAUUAAUUGUAGCAUCAUUUGUUAUAGGAAUUGUGUCAACUGAUGAUGAACUUGUAGAUAAACGGAGGCCUGGGUGGGGUAAAAGAAGUGAUUUAGACUUUGAGUCAGAAUUACCAGAUUCCAUAAUGAACAAACGUAAACCUGGUUGGGGCAAAAGAUUUUCAUCAGACAAUGAAAUCAUCGACAAAAGAAGACCUGGAUGGGGUAAACGAAAUUUAAAUGAGAAUGUGAAAGAUUUCGUCGAGAAAAGACGGCCUGGCUGGGGCAAACGUACAGCGGACAUGUUAGAUACUCUAAAUGCUAUGGAAAUUUAUAAAAGAAAACCAGGAUGGGGAAAACGCGCCGAGAUGGAAAAACGAAAGCCCGGAUGGGGGAAGAGAACAUUUCCAAGUGAUAAAGACUAUGAAUAUUCAAGUUUACCGUCAAACAUUUAUAACGUUCUGGACAAGCGUGCCCCGGGGUGGGGCAAAAGAUCGGAAAGUGACAUUCUUGUAGAGCGUCGGAGGCCUGGGUGGGGCAAACGAGCUCCGGGAUGGGGAAAACGGUCUAGUUUAUCUACAUGCCAAGACACAGAUUCAGAGAUACAACAGCUGAUGAAUACAAUUGUAAAGUUGGAGGAACAGAGAAGAUUAUACUGUAAAGGGCAAUCAGCGAUGUCCCCAGAUUUUGGAAGCAUAGAUUGAUAGCUUUUCAAACCAUGUAACUCACGAACCUCUUAUUGAGGAGGAAAGUGAACAAGUGACUUCCGGAAGCAUAUUGAAAUUCUACAAAACCUAAAUCUGUUCAUCCUGUGAUUUCAAUGGCCAAUAUCUCAAUUGAUGUUUUAGUUAAUGAACUCCUAAUCAAUAUGCCGCACUUAUGAAUCUUCUGCGUAAAUUUCUCCAGAAUUUAUAUACAUGUAUAUUUCUUCAACAAUGUGCAUCUGAUGGUAAAUGGUGGAUAUUGCCUGGAAUAAAAGAUAUCAUAGUA